AUGAGCGACUCACCCCCCCCCAUUGUAUAUGCUGCCCCCCAAGAUUCACCUCCACCAAUUCAAUAUGCACCUAUUGGAGAGACUGAUUCUCCUAUUAUUACUCCUCGGCGGAAAAAGCGAGUUGUCAAAAAUCAAGUUGUGCAAGCCAAGCGACAGAAAAAACACACUCACAACAAUGAUACCACCUUUUUGAACGCACUGGCAUCUCCUGACAGUAUGGACCAAGUCAGGGAUUCCAUCCCAGCUAGUCCAACAAGCAUCAAUGUAUUUGAUUUACACAAGCCUCUUGAAAUGGGUGAUCAAGAACACAUUCCAGACGAAGACUCGGAUUAUGCUACAUUUUUAAAUGCUGUAUCGGCUGAAGAAUGUGGCAUGUUCCAAUUGACGGAUUGUUUGUUUGUGGUGAAUGGAUGGAAUGCCAAAAAAUGCCAGCCUACAAAAAUGUGGUAUCAUGCACUAUGCAUGGAAAUCAAUGGCAUUAAAAAUGCCGUAUGUCUGUGCCCAGGCACAUAUGGGCGGGCAACAGAGUGUUUCCAUUCUCGGUUUCUCAUUGGAAAAUCGGCAAGCAGUGAAUCUCAGACUCUCUUGUCGGAUAGACAAUUCAAUGACAAUGAAAACUUGACUUUUCUUUUCUCUCGGGGUGAAAGUAUCAUCGAUGGACACUUCUACAAUAUAUUUUCAACUCCUUCUGGAACUCGGUAUCCGACAAUCAAGAACCGAGCUAUUGUAGAGCAUCUUGGAGAGGAUUCUGGUACGGGUACCUGGAAAUGCAAUCGUGAUCUUGGUGCAGUAUUGUGCACACAUAUUGCUUUGGCUCGUCAUGCCCUCCAACAAUAUCUUCAAGGAGACUGUGAAGCACGAGAUGAAAGCAUAAAUAGUUCAAAUGGUACAGUAGAAUUUGGAGAUACACCUGUUCGUCAGUUAGCAGGGAUCAUAUCAUCAGUAUCCUAUAUUUCGCUUCCACCACCUAUAUGGGCACGCAUUGCAUCUGAUCGGAAUGCACCUCCUCGGAUAACUAUGGAUGUUCCUCCCUCAUUGUUCCUGCUUGCUGAGAACGAUUCAUGCUCCUGUUCAAACCCACGAGAGAAGUUUAAUCCAUUUGAAUCCACAUUUACACGCACAUGCACUGUCUACACAUUAACAAGUGCAUUUACAGCAAGCAUAAUGUUGCAGAAAUGCAGACAGUGCAAACAUCGCUUUAUUGGACCGGAAUGCAGCAACUUGGGUGUGUUUAAUUUCAACAAUACAAGCCUCUUUACGCACGAGCUCCUAGACGACUAUACCAGUGCAUUUUCAUCUUCUGAAACACCCUUUGUCUCUUGGGUUCAAACGGUAUCCCGCAGAUAUCAAACACGCGGUUCAAAAAUCCCUUUUUCCAAUGAAAAAUUGUUUCGUUCAGCAUGGUUCUCUUAUAUCCGAUUGGUGGAGUUCUCUAACGAUAUGAUGUGUCCAGAGUGUGGCCCAAGUCCCGAUGCAACAAUCUGGGAUGGCGUUUCUGUAGCCUUCAGUCGACGCAAUCUACUUCCAUCACUUCACCCACCAACAACUCUGGGAGAAUUCUCCGUUACACGAAGCAAUGUCAGGCCCAUUUCCAACUUACAGCCAAUUCCAAGCCGACACACCCGACUUCUUAUUAGAUUUGUCUUGAUUGGACCGUCACUCAGCCUACUGUCGGGCGAAACCAUCCCUGAAGGUACUCCGGAGUAUGAGCGAAAUAAAAAGUUGGUUGAAAGGAUGGUAAAAAUCCCGGAUCUAGUGUCGCAGCUGACAGAGAUAAAUGUUGGUCUUGGUGGCCUAUUCAAUGUGCAUCACGGAUUAAAGGUGGUGUUAUCAAAGCAAAAUAUGACCGAAGCAUACUCCAAGUUUUUCAUUCAGCUCUCAUCAGAUGAGAAUAUACUGCAACUUGUGGCUUACAAUGUGUUGGAUAACCUGCGUCGAUUCAUUCACAACCCUGUCCAACAUAAUCUCAGUCUUCUCAGGCACAUUCCCUCGCUUCACCGUAUGGCCAAACAUGAACUCCAUCUGGGAAGGUUAUCAAAUGACCUCUUGGAGAUCUGCAAAUGGCUUUACAUCAGAUCUAGUACGGCAUAUUCACUCUUGAAAGUCCAUGAUCAUCCGAACAAGCCAACCAUGCCCUCAACAGUCAAAGAAGACUGGAUUUUGACUGGAUGCUGCUAUUCUAUGCCUCAGAUUCGCGAACGACCUUCAUAUCCAAAUCUGCCAUACGAAAUGGGAAAUGACCUCGGAAGUGUUGAUGUCAUUGAAGAUGAUGUAUGCCGAAAAUAUUAUUCAACAUAUUCCAAGAAGCGACUUACGGGUGGCAUUAUCAUAUGCUAUGGGUUCCACUGCAUCCGUGCUGCUGAAGGGAGAAACGAUGUUUUUUCUGCAAUUUAUACCCGUUGGAACCAGGCGCCCAAAAUUAUAGUUUACGACUUUGCAUGCGCACUACAGCCGUAUUGCAUGUCACGUGAGCCGGAGUUCUUCAAGGAUACUCUGUUCACCAUUGACAUAUUUCACUCCACAGAGCACAAAUGCGGAGAAGCAUGCUUCCUUUCAUCGUAUUGUGUUGAAAACCCCGAAUUUCUAGCUCUGAACUCUAGUGCUGCCGAAUGCGGAAACAGUGGCAUUUCCAAAAUUCGAAAGGCCGUCAGCUACAUGACUCAAGAGAGAGCGGUAAUGUAUAUGCGCGUGUAUUUCUCGAUUUGGAACAGGACCCAGAUACAAAAGUUGGAAUUAAAACUACAUGAUAGAUAG